GGCAGUGUCUCGUGGAUAACGUACAAUACGCAGCCAACAAUGAAGGUCUUCAUCGUAGUCUGCGCGCUAGCGGUAUGCGCGUCGGCCACCUUUGAUGAGCUGUUCAGCAAGAAGGAUUUCGACAUCAGCGGCCUGUUCGAUGGGUUGCUAGAGAAGAAGCACUCCAAGGGUGGUGGUGGUGGUGGUGGCUAUGGCCAUGGGCCUCCGCCACCGCGACCGGUCUACGGUCCACCCCCGGUGCACUAUGCGCCGGCACCUGCCCCCGCUUACGGACCACCGGUCCCAGCUCCAGCACCGGUGUACGGACCACCAGCUCCGGUGUAUCACGCUCCCCCGCCGCCGCCACCACCGCCACCACCACCACCACCGCGCCCAGUGUACGGGCCUCCGGCUCCUGCGUACCACGCCCCACCACCGCCACCACCCCCGCCACCAGUAUACGGACCUCCGGCGCAGCAGGUUUAUCAUGCCCCACCACCGCCACCACCACCACCACCACGCCCAGUGUAUGGACCUCCGGUGCAACACGUCCAGGUGUACCACGCCCCACCACCACCACCACCACCACCACCACCGCGCCCAGUGUACGGACCUCCGGCUCCGAUUCAUCACGCACCCCCACCGCGCCCCGUCUAUGGACCACCGCCGGCACCGAUCUACAGUGCACCGCCUCCACCACCCCCACCACCACCACCACGUCCGGUGUAUGGGCCACCGCCAGCACAGGCAUAUCACGCACCUCCACCCGCGCCCGUCCUCUACAGUGCACCGGCACCUCCACCACCACCACCACCACCACCAGCACCUGUCUACCAGCCGGCGCCGCAACCGGAACCGAUCCAGCUGCUGCCACUCCAGAACAACCCGGUCAGCUUCACGGGCGCCAGCUCGGCCUCGGUUGCCUCCGGUUCCGUUACUGACGAUGGUUACCAUUACGGUCCGGGUCUGAGCCACUAGUAGUAGUAGCAGCAGUGCACCAUACGCCAUCUCCUCCUCCUCCCAUCUCUUAUCCCUCAUCCCUGGGAUCAUCCGUGUGACCUUGUUUUUGUGCCGAGGAUGCCCUUCAUCCUCUUACUUCUAGCCCCCUGCACCCUAUCUCCCUCCUCCUCCUCCCCCCCCUUCAACCCUCCAUUACCACCGGCUCCAACCCCUCGGCACUCGGCACUCGGGUGUGUCGCAACAUACCAAAAGAGUUUUUGUUUCUAUUUGUUCUAUAUCUUGAACAUCGUUUGUCGCCACCGAGCAAAACUGAGCCACCUGCUAAACGAAGACCACCCAAUCAUCACAUAUUCCACCGCUGCUACCACCACCACCACCGCUGUUUUAAAUACACCGCGGCAACUCGGGCAAACCCUUCGCAACGGUGCAUCGCCAUCGCUCCAUCGCUAUGGCGAAUUGCAACCGCAAGGGCACGAACGUGGAGAAACUAUGGAGGAAACCGAAGCGAACCCGAUUCCGAUUGUGAAUCGGAGGUGUAGGGGUGGGGGUGGUCGCCCAACCGCAUAAGGGUGUGACAACCGUGGUGGCAGAAUUCGAUCGAAGAACUUACGACGACGGGCGCUCAAAACCUACGACGGGCUGCAGCACUCGAAAUUACUCAACCCUGCCGGGAGGGGAUGAGAGUGGGGCUCAAACUGAUAAACCCCACCCCUUGCCCGCACCCACCAAUUGCCAUAAAUAUAUAUAUAUACAAUAUAUAUAAUACAUAGGGCCUGAUUCCGUAACUAUGGCUUUUCGGUGACACGUGUGUUUGUGUGUGUGUGUGUGUGUGUCACUGAUUUGGUAUUCCGUAACCUUUUGUUUGGUGACAAAAACACCGUGCCAACAACCAUCACUGAAUUUGUUACUGAUUUCAACUGUCGAGCAGUUCUAGUUUAGUAAGCGGCGCCCAUGAGUAUGCACCCACUGCGCGUUCGGUACUUCGGUACUUUUCCAUUCGUAAUUAAUUAUGUUCAUGGUAAGAUUAUUAAAUACUUUUUCAUUUAGCGUGUGUAAUGAACAAACGCGUUCAGCGAAUGAAAUGAACAAAAACUAUCCAAUAAAAUACAAUUGUGCAAAACACCAUUUUUUGAUAC